CUUACAUUGUUAUAAAUUACAUCUACUAUUAUUGCAGAUGCAGAAAACAAAAUUUAGCUCCAUUAAAAUAUAUUUUUUUAGUUUUUAAAAUGUAUAACUUACAACAAUUCUUUAAUUGUCGAUUACUAAGAAAUGGAAAGUUAAUAAAUGAUAAUUUGUGGGUGCGCAACGGAAUAAUUGUUGAUCCAGAAAGAUUGUUCUUCGAUGAAAAAGUUAAAGCUGAUAAAAGUAUCGACUGUCAUAAUGCUAUUAUUUCUCCAGGAUAUAUUGAAAUCCAAAUAAAUGGAGGCUUUGGCAUUGACUUUUCAUACAACGUUGACAAUGUCGAAGAUGGGAUCACUAAAGUCGCUAAACAAUUAUUAGCCCAUGGUGUGACAUCAUUCUGUCCGACUUUAGUUACAUCUUCUCCUGAAACUUACCACAAAAUAUUGCCGAAGAUAAAAAAAUCUCCUGGUGGUGCACAUGGUGCUACUGUUCUGGGUGUACAUGUUGAAGGUCCAUUUAUUAGUCCGACAAAAAAAGGUGCACACCAAGAAAUAUACAUAAAACAAUUGAAUAAAGGAUUCCAAUCAAUUGUCGACGUUUAUGGAAGUCUUGAGAAUGUUUGUUACCUAACACUAGCACCUGAACUCGAGAAUUCUUCGGAAAUUAUCAAAGCAUUAUGCGACAGAAAUAUAAAGGUGUCUUUAGGUCAUUCGGUGGCGAACCUAAAUCAAGGAGAAAACGCAGUAAAAAAUGGAGCGUCAUUAAUAACACACCUUUUCAAUGCAAUGCUGCCGUUCCAUCAUAGAGAUCCAGGCCUGGUAGGUCUUUUAACAUCUGACCAAAUUCCACCGUCGAAAAAGGUUUACUUUGGUAUUAUUGCCGACGGAGUUCAUACUCAUCCGGCGGCACUUCGUAUUGCUCAUAGAACCCAUCCAGAAGGUCUUAUACUUGUCACUGACGCUAUUUCUGCUCUUGGAUUGCAAGAAGGCUUGCAUCAACUUGGUCAACUUGAAAUAGAAAUAAAAUCUAAUCAAGCUUAUAUAGCCAAUACGAAUACUUUGUGUGGAAGUAUUGCACCUAUGACGGAAUGUGUUAAAUUUUUCAAAGAAGCUACAGGUUGCUCAAUAGUAAAUGCUCUGGAGGCUGCAACUUUACACCCAGCACGAGCGCUUGAAAUCCAUUCACAAAAAGGGACACUCAACUUUGGAGCUGAUGCAGAUUUUUUAUUGCUAAACGAUAAUUUAGAUCUCGUUUCUACUUGGAUUGCUGGUGAAUGUGUUUACACAAAAUAAAAUAUUUAAUAUUUUUAAUUAAAUGAAA